AUGUUGGCAAAUCGAUCUUACCACUCACCGGAAAUCAGUGAGUCAGAUGAAGAGAAUCCAGAUAAGACGAUCCUAAAAAAUUUACUUCUAAACGUCAUCGACUCACAUUCAGCAGAUAUUCAAAUGGCAAAAUUACAACGACCUCGCCAGUAUGAUGAUGAAGUUCAACACUUCGACCGAAUGCACCCUGAAGAUGCUCCACAAUGGUCAUAUGUCGAGCAAAAGGAUUUUAUAUAUGAUAUGGAAAUCGAUAGUAGAAGUGGUUUUGACGAAGAUGAAGACUAUGGUGAAGAAACGGAAGAGGUGUUAAUCGAUAGUCAAAAAAGUGCAGCCGGUGAUGAUUUAGCUGAAUGAAGUGGGACUAUCGAUUACAUUUAUUUAAAAAUUUUUUU